AUGGCACAGACUGUUUCACCAGUAAUAUAUUCUCCUAACGAUCAACCGGAACGUGUUCUUCCAAAUCACUUUAUUAUUUGGCUAGAUCAACAUAUUGGACUACCUGAGGAAUGUAUUAUGUUAAAAUGUACUUUUAUUCUAGCAAUGAAUCCAACUAGUGGAUCGUAUGAAAGAAGUCUCAACACAGAUGAUAUUGAUCGUAGUAUUCGAUUAGAUGCACCACUUCUCGUUCAACUUGAUAAUGUGGAAUUUAUGUUUCAAGUUUUUGAUAAUGUUGAAAAAUGUUUUCAAACUAUAGAAAAAAAUCGUGACAAACGUAUUUUUCUUAUCACAUCUGGUUCAAAAGGAAAAAUUCUUAUACCAAGUCUCGUCAUAAAUUUUCCAGAAAUAUUUAAAAAAGGAAAUUGGAUGUAUGUAUUUUGUGCUAAUAUGAAUAUGGUACCAGUUGGAGAUAUAGUGCCAACCAACACAUGGGCAAUACAUUUUCUAGAUCAUAUUUUAAUGUUUGAUCAUCAAGAUGAUCUAUUAGUUCGUAUGGUAUCUGAUAUUGCACAUUAUUUUACAACAAAAGCCAAUGAUCUUAAAAAUAAUCAACAAUAUGACAAUGCUUGUCAGUAUCUUACUUGGUCCAAACAAAUGCAUAAUCGAUAUGAACUUCUAACACAUAGAAGUAUGACUAAUAAAGUGAAUGAAAUUGAUCAAGAAAUUGUUGUUAUCAAGCAGAGACAAAGGGAACAACUACCUAAUGAUGACGAAGAUGGUUAUGGGGAAGCAUGUGGUGAUUAA